CAGAGCAACUUGCAAGGUAUCAUUGUUCCUGGAGAGGCUGCUGAAAGUGAUGAGGACGAUGAACAGGAACAUAGAGAAGGAGAAGAUGACACAAUUUCUAUUGACGAUACGUCCGCAAAACCCAGCACACCAACUGAAUGGAGUAAACCAGGCCCUGAAUUCUUCACAUGAAAUUGCGUGAAACCACUAACAACCUGAACAACCAUGUUCAUGCCACCUUCAAGGAGAACUACAAAAAUGCCACUAAGGAAUUGAAAGUCACCUCGCAAUCACUUAUGAAGACCCAGCUAUUAGUACAGGAAGUUUCGGAGAGCCUGCAGCAGCUGACGAAUAAUUUGUUCAAGCUAGAGGAUAGGUUAGAUAUGGUGACCAGUGACAGGUAGAUGAAGACCAGACACAGUCGAGAAGGCUCGGGACGCCACCCGACCACAUUCCCUCGUCUCGCGCUGUGAAUGAGUUGAGAACAUUGCUGAAUAGGGUGGUGGGAGAAACCAAACAGCAGUCUUCACCACACCGUGAGAGCAUGCCGACCGUCGAGGAACUAAUUCCCCUGCUGCUGCAUCACACCACCUACAUCCAGCAACUGGAGAGUGAGUGCCACUAUAGUAAGCUUGCA